UUCUCUAAUUGCCAGGUUCUAGUUAGGAGGCGCUGGAUGGAAACUGCAACAGGAUUUUCUGCUCCUGGAACACGGUAUGUGGAUUAGGCUCCCUGCAUCCCUGCAUCUGUUGGCAAGAGCUGCUGUGCCAUCUACAUCCAUUAGCUUAGUCUAGCCUGCCUCGCAGGCUGUUGCAAUGUGCAAAUAUAAAAGGCAGGAGGAGAGGGGAGGAAAAUAGACAACCUCGAGCUCCUGGGUGGAAGAGCAAGAAACAAAUAUAUGGCCACCAACAUGGAUGGCUUAAAAAGAGGACUAGAUGAAUUCAGGAAGGAUGAGGCUCUCAGUGGCUUCUAGCGUUGCUGCCAGUCGCGGCCAGUGUGCUUUUGAAUACUGCUAUAUUGGCAGCCUGCAUAUGCAUUUGAGAUCUGGUACCCAAGAAAAGUGCUAGACCUUGCCUGCUAUAUACUGUGUUAGAUUAUUAUCUAUUAUGGUCACUUUUUAAGACCUUACCUGUGGUUUCACAGUUGAGACGCCGGAAAGGGUGCUUGCAUUUCCUUUGCAACCCUGAGCCCCACAUUCAAGAGAACUAGCCAGCAUCUAGUCAAGCGCAUUCUUUUUCAUAGGUCUCUUGAGAUUUAACCAUUUGGAGCCAUGGAAGAUGAAGACGGCUACAUGGCGUUAAGUCCCCAGGCAAGUAAUAAAAACUCUGCACGCUGGGCAGAAGCUAAGAGGACGCAAGGCAAUUCUAGGCUAAUCGCUCAGUACAAAAUCUCACUGGGGAUAUUAGGGGCAACCUGUGUCAUUCUGGGUUCGGCCAUGAUUGCGCUGAUCGUGUUUGCUUUGGAGAGAGGCUUAUGGAAAGGUGAAACUUGUGGAACAGCUGCCAAUGCUACUGAGGAUGAAGCAGGAACCUUGAGAAGCCCAACGAGAGCAGAUAGAAGCCCCUGUUCUGAACAGAUGGCCAUUCACCUGUGUGAGCCAUUUACAGAAAGUGCCAGGUGUAAGCUCUGUCCAAACAACUGGGUUGCACGGGAGGGGAAGUGCUACUGGCUUUCUAAAGAGAAAUGGCAAUGGCUUCGGGGCUACAACGACUGUUCCAGGAAGAGAUCUCAAAUGCUCGUGGUCCGGGAUUGGGCACAAAUGGAAUUCAUACAGGACUUCACUCAAGAGAAAUAUCCUGUCUGGAUUGGACUUAAUGUUACACAUCUGCGCAACACCUGGACCUGGGUGGAAGGCUCGGCCUUAAAUCAAGCCUUGUUCCCACUGCCUCUUCCAGGAACUGGAGCUGGUUGUGGAGUUGUGAAAUCUGGUCAAGUUCGCUCUGAAAUGUGCACCGCUGAAUUUAGGUGGAUUUGUGAAAAAGAAGCCAUUUUGUUCUAACCUGUGAAAGCCAGCCAUAUGCUAAUAUGAUAGACCAUUUUUAUUUCCCUGAACCACAAAGGCUUCAUGAGGGAGAGCUGCUGUCCCAAGUAAUCAUCAUUCCCCCUAUUAGUGCACAUGAGCCGUAAGUUCCUAUCAGUUUGGAAACAGGGCAAUCUAAAAAUUAGGUGGUAGCUUCUAAAUGCUCAGGGGACUCCUUAGAUAUGCAGACAUAUAUAUAUAUAUAACUUUGUAAAUUAAAUGUCCAAGUAUUUUUAUUUUUUAAUUCCUGAAACAACCUCCUGAACUCCGUGACCCCCUUCAGCCCAAGCCCCAUAUCUCUGUCACACUCUGCUAUCUUGCAGUGUUCAUUUGUUUUUCUAGUGCAGCACUGGAUGUGGCAAGUACACACUUGAGGACUGCCUUCUGCACUGAAGCCGCGCUGGAAAUGGGCAGGGCAGGGCAGAGUGGGAUAGAGGCGUCCUACUGUAUGCCAUGAUGUGGUCUGGAGAAUUUCCCGUGUCAUAUCUUCACUGGUUUCAAAGUUUUUUCAUAUUAGUAAAAUGUAAGUAAAAGACAGUCAUACCUCGAAAGUCGAACGCCUUGCAAUUCGAACUUUUGGCUCCCAAAUGCCACAAACCCAGAAGUGAGUGUUCCGGUUUGCGAGUGUUCUUUUGGAACCCAAAUGUCCAACAUGGGUUCUGUGGCUUCCAAUUGGCUGCAGGAGCUUUCUGCAGCCAAUCGGAAGCUGAGCCUUGGUUUCCAAACGUUUUGGAAGUUGAACCGACUUCUGGAACAGAUUCCAUAUGAGUUCUGAGGUACAACUGAAAACACGCUAAAUUAGCUCACUGUCUAGGACACCAGUACAUUUUCCUAUGUACAUUAUCCUGUGCAAAUAACAUAAUUUGCAUAGAAUGUUCUCCAGGUCAACCCACAUCACUGGCUGCAAGUGGGAUCUGCCAGUUAAAUAUCUCAGGUAUACAAAGGGAUCUGGUGAUCAGAUGUAGACUGUAUCGAAGGAGCCAGCAAAAAUAAAAUAAACCCACUUGAGCCCCUUGGGCUUGCCAAUCAGAAGGUCAGUGGUUUGAAUCCCCGCAACGGAGUGAGCUCCUGUUGCUUUGUCCCAGCUCCUGCCAACCUAGCAGUUUGAAAGCACACCAGUGCAAGUAGAUAAAUAGGUACCGCUGCGACAGGAAGGUAAACAGUGUUUCUGUGCGCUUUGGUUUCCAUCACAAUGUUCCUGUCUAUCUAUCUGUCUAUCUAUCUCCAUCCUCCUAUGCACAGAUAUGCUUUCACGGACAAGAAUUGGUCUAAAACGAUUGUUAAAUUCCUGUAUUGACUAUCUGUCCAGAAUGAAAUUGUGCAUGAACUUUGAUAAAAGCAAAAUAAUGGUUUUUGGGAAUUCACACAAGAGCUAUAGCUGGGUAUUUGGUGGAAAACCCAUCCAGCAUGUAUUUUAUUUAACUAUCUGGGAAUUACAUUCCAACAUAGGCUUCUAUGGUCCUUGCACCGUGCUAUGGCAGUGAAUGCCAGUAAGAUGUCUGUGCAGGCCAUAAUGUGACUUUUCGUAACAAGAGGUCAUUCGCAUAUCCCCUCUGCCCUCAAGGUCUUCAACGCCAAAAUAAUAGCUCAAUUGCUCUAUGGAAUUCCAGUCUGGCUGCCAGGGUUUACCCAGCUGGUAGAACGUGUGCAGGGAGCUUUCCUUUUUAAGAUUUUUGCUGUCCCACGUUGUGUACCCAAUGCAGCCUUGUGUCUAAGAGGGAGGUCAACACAAGGUAGAGACUGUUGCCUGGGCGAGAUAUCUUCUAUGUUGGUUAAACAUCUACCUCACAUUAGACAAAGAUCCUCUCCUUAGCGAAGUCUUGUCAGACCCCUUUCUUUCGCCAGGGCUACAACAGCUUAACAUAAAGGUACAGCAACUUGGACUGUCAAUGGAACUUUUGCGAUCGAUGCCCCCACCAUCUGCCAAGGUUAUAAUAAAAAGUAGGUUGUGGGACAUUGAACGCCAGGAACUAACAGCAGCAGCAGAGAAAACAUGUUCCCCUCUUUACUUUCAACUUUCUUGGGCACAUGAAACAAAUUAUAAUUAUCUUGAAUUUCUGCUUAUCCCCCAAGAAAGAAGGGCAUUUUCACUGGCCAGGUUUAAUGCAAACCCAUCAAACCUCCUUUGGGGUAGGUUCUCGGGAAUUGUGGAAGGAGAAAGAAAUUGCCCAUGUGAAGACCACCUGCUGGAAACUCUUCCUCAUAUGGUUCUUAAAUGUAAACUAUAUGCU